AUCAUCUGUGGGAGAGAACAGUCUAUUGUGUUCAGGCAAGUCUGGCACUUUUGGAAGAAGAUGGCCCGCUCUAGCGCUGAUACACUUUUCCUAGUGGCACUAGGUAGUCUCCUAGUUUGGACGUCCUGCUCGACUGCCGUGACUGAUGGACUUUCUUUGGAGCACAGAUUGCAGCAAUUAACCAACGGCUACAUUGAGCUGCAACAAAGUCUGGCUGAAAAAGACAAUCAAUUGGCGGCUCUCAGACUCCAGCAGAAUGAAAUGAUGCAACUUUCAGCCGAAAGGGAAAGUCAAUUCAAGGACCUGAAACAACAACAUGAAACGUUGGCUGAAAAAGUCGCCCGAAUGGAGGGAAAAGCCCAUCGCGUCGAUCGUGCCAAUCAAUCAGGAGCCGCCGCUCCUAAAGCCAUGCCGACUUCGUGCCAAGAUUUAAGUCAAAUAGGCCACGUUUUAAGCGGAUUGUAUUCCGUUAUGGGAGCCGAAAUGGUCGAAAGCGUUUACUGCGACUUUACCAAACAACCAGACGAUCCGAGUUUACAGACGUUGAUUGGAUUUGCCGAUGUCAAGUCAUCGCCGACCUACUUUUACGUCCAGACGAGCGCCAACUUCAAUCAAACCAAAGUUCCGAUUCCAUUCGACGAGGAAAAACUCAACGUCGGAGGCGCCAUGAAUUCGACAUCGGGAGUCUUCACAGCGCCGCGGACGGGCAAUUACUUUUUCUCGGCGUCGGGAAUUGCCUUCAUUCCGGCCUCGUCGUCAACGCUCCUCUACUUCCACAUCGUUCUCUACGUGAACGGCAGCCGCAUCGGACUGGCUCACGCUUUCUCCGACGAGAUAGCGGCCGAGGGAGGCCAGCACGAAACAUUUUCCCUGUCGUCGACGCUCAAUUUACAGGCGGGAGAUCAAAUUUGGCUGGAGAUUUUCGGCAUGUCACCGGGAGCUUACAUGAACGGCAACGGUUACACUCAUUUCAACGGCUGGCUCCUACAGGAGACUCUUUCCGGCUAAAUCAUUCGACUCCGCUUGCAAUACACAAAUUCAAUCUA